GCUCAUCCUGAGGUUAUUAACGUAGAGAGAGCUCUGCAUUUUGGCAAGGACAGGGGCAUUGGGAAAGAAACAGCAAAACCAAGUGAGGUUAAUGUCCUUGAAGUGAUUGCCAAAGGAGAGACUGUGUUUGAUGCUCAAAAAAGUCCCUCUCUUGAUGCUAAAGACAAGCUUGAACUUGAAGAAAAGCAUUUGCAUUCAAGCUUAUUUCUGAACACAUACAAAGGAGAGGCAAAUCCUGUCACACUCUCUGAUUCCCAUUCUAACAUCCUGCCGGGAACAGAACCUUCACAAGUGGAGUUACAACCAAAUCAAAUUGGAGAUCUUAAACUAGAUAAGCAGAACAUUAACCCUAAUCUGAUUUCUUGCUUCAUUGAAACUGAUAAGCUGGAGGGGAACAAUUCUCCAGAAGAGGCUUCCCAACGAUAUAAUAUUCAAUACCCCCACUACCAAGCGUGCUUUUAUCCCCAUUUGCUGCUGAAUUUAUCCCCUUAUGCUGCUCUUUUUAAUCAUGUGGAAGACCUCGGGAGCUCACUCAAGAAUGAUGAAUUUGACAAGAUUAAUGAUGGGAACAAGGUACUCUGCAACAAUGCAUUAGAAGAAAUUAGGAAGGAUAGAGAAGGGCCUAUUCUAUACACGCACUCGGAAGGAAUUGGAGAAGGUCAAUCAACUUCUAGGCCACCACUCUUUGAUGGCACCAACUACUCUUAUUGGAAGGAACGGAUGAGAAUUUAUAUUCGUUCCACCAACUUCCAAUUGUGGUUGGUGAUCAAAAAUGGCGAAGAAAUCCCUAUGAAGAAAGUGGGAGAAACCACGGUCCCGAAGACGGAAAACGAAUUUGAUGCCGAGGACAUCAAGAAGAUUAAAAACUAUGCAAAGGCCAUCAACAUGCUAUAUUGCACGGUCAACCCCGAUGACUACCGAAAGAUCUCCUGUUGCACAACCGCCAAGGAGAUGUGGGACAAGCUUGAAGUGACGUACGAAGGUACCGAUCAAGUUCGUGAAGCCAAGAUCGAUUUUCUCACCCAAGAGUACGAAAUGUUCUGAAUGAAAGAAGGUGAGAAAAUCGAUGACAUGUUCGACCGGUUCUCAAAGAUCAUCAACGAUCUUCAUGCUUUCAAAAAGACUUACACCAACAAGGAUCUCGUGAUGAAAAUCCUGCGGAGUCUCACACCCGAAUGGAGGUCAAAAGCCGAUGCAAUCUACGAAUCCAUCGGAGUCUCCAACGUCACCAUCGACGGGCUAAGAGGUAACCUUAAAACCUAUGAAUCUACUAUUCUAACCCCGUCUUUGGAUGAACAAAAGAAAAAGGGGAUAGCUCU